AUGAAAUCCUUCCGGUCCCGGCGCGACGCCGACGACGAGGACGAGGACGAGACCUCGCCCUCCGGCCGCCGCAAUGGCCGUGUUGACGAGCACACCCGGCUCCUGCCCAACCGAGUCGACAGCACCGCCUCCUUCCUCUCGCCCGACGACCCCGCCGUGUCCCCCUACAACCUGUGGACCGUCCGCUUCGUGCGCUGGAUCACCGUGCUGCUGACCUGCGUCGCCUUCGUCUGGUGGCUGCUGAUGGUCAUCUCGGUCUUCAUCACUCCGCCCGGCUUCCACGUCCGGGGCUCGCCCUUCUUCGCGUUUGCCUACGCCUCCGUGGCGCUGCUGACGUUGAUAGUCUCGCUGCUGUUUUUCUCUGUCCCGAGCAAGGCGGCGCGGAUCCUCAGUAUUAUCAAUGCCGUGCUGCUGUUUGUGGACGCCAUCGUCAUCCUGGCGGUCCCCGGGCUGCGGCACGCCGAGCUGUGGGUCGGCAUCGCGAGUGUGGUCUGGGGUGCGGUCAUGGCGAUCUGGUUCGUGGCGGCGGACCGUGCGGUGCAGUGGGGUAAGGCGGAGGAGGAAGAGCGCUUGACCGGACGGCCGGAGAGCAGGCGGACCGUAACAGAGUGGACUGAGGUGCUGCUGUCGACCAUCGCGCUCACGGCGAUUGCUAUCGUGGUGGUGUUGAUGACGCUCACCUUGACGCUGCGCGCGAUCGAUCUCGGCCUGGCACCGCCUGGGGAAAAGUAUUGGGUGGACGGCGAUCGGUAUCAGAUUCAUCUAUACUGUUACGGCGAGAAGACUGAUGCCGCUGGGGAGAAGGCGACGACGGUUCUGCUCGAAGGGGGCGAGGACCCUGUCGAGCAAGGGUUAUGGCAGUUCGCCGAAAACGCCGUCAAGAACGGCUCGAUUAGCCGGUUUUGUUUCGCCGAUCGCCCUGGUAUGGCUUGGAGCGAUACCGCGCCAUCGCCAUUUUCUGCUGGCAUUGCCUCCGAUGGCUUGAGCGAGGCUCUCUCUCGAGCUGGGGAAGAAGGACCAUGGGUCCUUGUCAGCGCCGGUAUUGGUUCCAUUUACUCGCGAGUCUUUAGUUCCCGACAUGGUGGCCAAGUCCGCGGUCUCCUCAUGAUUGACCCCCUUCACGAGGACCUUCUCCCACGCAUAGGCUCCCCUGGACGUGGUUUUUUCCUCUGGCUCCGGGGUGUGAUUUCGCCCUGUGGGUUCGACCGUAUUCCCGGGGCCAUCCUCCGGGGUCGGCGGGCCGUGGACAGAGUCUGGGGUGGUUCCUCGUAUCAGUCGGGGGAUACCAUUUUCGCCAAACUCCAGGAGAGCCUUGUGGCUCAGUCGCUCACGAGGCGCGACGUCGUAUCUAGCCGCGCUAUUCAGGACCGCGACACGCCGGUGGUGGUGAUCAGUUCCGGCCAGAAGAUACGCAAAGACAGUGACUGGGAGGACAAGCAACGCGACCUGAGCAACCUCACCGGAAAUACAAAACACUGGGACAUCGUGGAUGCACCUCACCGAGUCUGGGAUGAGUUGAGCGGGCGGGAGAUCAUCGAGAAGAGAUUGAGAAAGCUGGUCAAACCUCCAAAGGCCGGGUUGUGA